AUGAGUGUGUUAGGGGAAGAGGACGUUGCAGCUGUUAAAAAGCUGGAUGCAGGGAUCAAAUGCAGCUGGAAGUGGGCCUGGUUUAAGCUGAAGGGCAAGGUAUCUGUCAAGGGACAAGAGGUGUCCUUUCACAUUAGGGAUUUCUUUAAGAAAGAUAACAGACAGGGAUUGGCCAGGUGUGUCCUGUGCCACAAGGACAUAAAUUAUGCAAACAAGGGCAGCUAUGCUUUGAUUGCUCACAUCCAAACUGAAAUACAUAAAAAGAAGAUGGAAGCCAUUGCAUCCACACAAAGUGUUGCCAGCACUUUCCUCCCAGCAUCAGCAAGCCAGAGUCAGGCAAGCCAGAGCCAACCAACUCAGGGCCCAGAAACUAUAAGGCAGCAGUUCCAGGGAAAGAUGCCAGUACCUGUAGUAAGCCGCAUUGCAAAUGCAGAGGUAGGUGUAGGUGUGUUAGAUACCACAGGCAGCAAAGACACAGUACACCAUCACUUUGUUUAUUCAAUUAACUUAAUUAUUACUAUUAUUAUUAUUAUUAUUAUUAUUAUUCACAAUCAUACACCAUCUUUGUAUUCAUUGCACACUCUGUGUUUUAGGCAGUGGUCCUUGGAGCCCUGGCGGAGCAUUCCAUCCCCUUUUCAAUGGCUCCUGUAAUUGUCGAGUUGCCCAGACCCUGUCCUUAGACAAACCAGCUCUGCAGGGAAUGAAGCUGUCACGGACAGCAGCGUCCUACAAGAUGAUACAUGGCUUGGGUAUUUUCUUACCUAGUAUUUCAGUGUUUUAAUUUCUAUCUUGGUGAACUAUAUGUUAUACUGUUUUCCCAUAAUAUUGCCAUAUUUGCCAAAUUAAUUGUGAUGGGAUUUAUUUUUAAUCAAUUAGAUUAUGCAUGUAAUGUGACAUCUGUCCAACUUUGCUAGGGCGGACGUUCUCAGAGAGGACAUUUUCAAACAUGAGGAGAUUUUCCUUUUCUUUGAAUACUGAUGAGAGCACCUCCAACAACAACAAAAAGGUUGGUUUCAUAUCAUAAUACUGCCAUCAAAGUGUCCUUAUGUUUAUGCUUCAGUGCGUGCCCUUUAAAAUACUGUGUGGCUAAAUAAAACCUUUGUAUGUUAAAGGUCCUCUCCAUGCUGGUGUGCUAUUACCACGCUGACUUGCGGAAGGUGAUGGUGGAGCAUUUGGGGUCCCUGAAGAUUCUACGAGUCGAUGCCGCUUCAUUGGAGAAGGUCCUCUUCGAUUUCUUUGAGAAAAACAACAUUCCAUGGCACAACCUGGUUAGUUUACUGGUGGAUUCCUGUGCUGUGAUGAGGGGCAGCAAGACUGGCCUUGAGAUCAGGAUUCACCAACAUUGUCCAAACCUGCUGGAUGUUGACUCCUGUCACCACAUACACAACGCCGCAAAGAAAUUUUCCAAGGCCUUUGAUGGGUAUUUGGAGAGGCUAUUUAGUGACCUCCAGGUUGACCACCAGUGGAGUCCAGACCAGGUAAACAAAAUGCAAGCAUAUUUGACACAUCAGUACUUUACCAUCCUCUUGCAUUCCACCAAUGUCAAUAUAUGAGCCAUUUUUGGUAUUAUGGUGAUUUGUGUUUGGAUUGGUAUUUUGGUAUUAUGACACCUGCUGGUGAAAGUCUGUAUUGCAUGUUACAUUUUUUAAUAUAGCUGAUGGGCCACCCAGCCUAAAUGUCACAGGUGAGCAGUCUGUCUUGGUAAAACAAAGAACUGAACAUUUAAAAAUUGUGGCUUUGGAAAGUCUAGACCAUGGCUGCUGACCUGACUGUACUGCAUUAUGUCAUGUGUAGAUUGUGUGUGUGUGUGUUUUCAUUUCGUUUUCUCUCUUUUGUCAGGUGAUGUACCUCAAGGAGGAUAUUAAAUCUCCCCGCCUCCAGCCCACAGAGGGGCUUUGUCAAUCAUCGCUGGCUCUCUGCCUAUGA